UAAAAAGGUGCUGCAGCAUUUAAUCCUGUCAGAUGAGAGCAAAUACCUGCACACGCAAACUUCACCAGACCAAAGAAAAAGCAAGAUGGCCUUCAAAGUUGCAGCUCUUCUGUCUAUUUUCAUGCUCACUUACAUUAUGGCUCCACUGGUUAUAACUUCAGAUAUCCAGUCAUCGUAUCCUAUUUCACUACUUGUAUACAACUCGCUCACUAACGAGAAGAAUUUGACUUUCACCACUAACAUUGCAUACAGAGGGAUCUUACUUGGUGCUAUGAGAAAGAUCCAAACAGCCAAUAAGAAUUUCAGAUUCACCACUAAAGAGGAUCCAAACUACGGCCCAUUCCUUGUAAGUGUAAACAGAUUGGCAGGGGACAAUAAAAAACAUACAUACUGGGAGUUGCUUAUCCAACCUCAGAAUGGCACCAUAAUCAUGGCUGAUGUGGGUGUCGGCUGUUACAUACCAAACCCAAAUGAUACGAUUAUCCUCAAAUUCACUAAAUGGUAAUCCAAAGUAGUGGAGCUGUAAUCAGCAUGGGGCUUUUGGACUCAGUACAAAAAAGCAUGAUACAUUGUGGUAAAUCAUGAAUGGAAAAAAUCUGUGAAAAAAAAACAGGAUCCUAUUAAAACAUGGAACUGUUAAUCAUGCUGUAGGUAAUCUUCAAUCUUCAAUCUGUAUGUAAUCUUCAAAAUUAAUCUUCAUGUGUGUUGCUGACUUUGUUUUUGAAAUGUCAUUGAGAAAUGAUUUAUCUGACCUUAUAUGCAAACCCUAUUUUGAGCUAUUUUUGGUGUAUUUUCAAAUGCCUUACAAAUUUGGCUAAAUGUUUCUAUUCAAGGUUAUGACACUUUUCAACAUUUACUCUUAACUUGUUGGUGGAAAAAUAAUAAAAGCUUAAACGUCA